UUUCUAGCCGUGGACGCUUUUCCUGAUAUGGAUAUGGAUAUGGCUAAACCCAGAUACAUAAUGAGGCGUAAGUAAAGCAAAAGCACCAUGGUAGAGUUGAGGAUUCGAAGUUUUCAGCCAUGGCAGGAGAACAGGCGAUCUCCAGCUUUCCGACGGUGGUUUAUGCAACUAUUGCAGUGGGUUUAGCGGUUCUGUUCUACUUUAGAAAAUUCCUCUUUUACAAGUGUCCAUCUCCUUUAAACCCAGCUCCUCCUGAGGUUCCAGGGUUACCUUUGAUCGGGAAUUUGUUGCAGCUGAAAGAGAAGAAACCGCACCAGACGUUCGCUAAGUGGGCUGAGAUUUAUGGAUCGAUUUACUCGAUUAGGACCGGAGCCUCGAAGAUGGUUAUUAUCAAUUCUGCAGAUGUUGCCAAACAGGCCAUGGUGACAAGUUACUCAUCCAUCUCCACAAGGAAGCUUUCAAAUGCAUUGAAGAUACUCACCUAUGAUAAAUGUAUGGUUGCCACAAGUGAUUAUGAUGAUUUCCACAAGAUGGUGAAGCGACAUAUACUCACAGGUGUCUUGGGAGCAAAUGCUCAGAAGCGACACUGUUCUCACAGAGAGAUUAUGAUAAAGAAUGCAUUGAACCACUUCCGUGCUCAUACCGAGAACAACCCUCAUCAAGCUGUAAACUUCAGAAAGAUAUUCAGAGAUGAGCUCUUUGGAUUAUCACUGAAAGAAGCUUUGGGUACGGAUGUGGAAUCAUCCAUUUAUGUUGAGGAUCUUGGGACGAAACUGUCACGAGAUGAGAUUUUUGAGGUAUUGGUGCAUGACCCAAUGAUGGGUGCAAUUGAGGUGGAUUGGAGGGACUUCUUCCCAUACCUUAGAUGGAUUCCAAAUAAAAGCGUGGAAACAAAAAUCAAAAGAAUGGAUGCACGCAGAGCGGCAGUGUUGAAAACCCUUAUUGAGGAGCAGAAGAAACGGAUUGCUCUGGGACAGGAAAAGAACUGCUAUCUUGACUACUUGUUAUUAGAAGCAAAAACGCUUACAGAGAAACAACUAAUGAUGUUGUUAUGGGAAGUAAUUAUUGAGUCCUCGGAUACAACUAUGGUUGCAGCGGAAUGGGCUCUCUAUGAACUUGCAAAAGAUGCAGCACGUCAGGAUUGCCUCUAUAAGGAGAUUCAAAAAGUUUGUGGAUCUAAUGAAGUUACUGAGGAACAUUUGUCGCAGUUACCAUUUUUAAAUGCUGUUUUCCAUGAAACACUGAGAAAGUACAGUCCUGCUCCUAUUGUUCCCGUACGAUACGUGCAUGAAGAUACCCGACUAGGAGGGUAUCACAUCCCUGCAGGAAUUCAGAUUGUAAUCAACCUCUAUGGGUGCAACAUGGAUAGGGCACAAUGGGAAGAGCCUGAAAAGUGGAUGCCUGAGAGGUUUCUUGAUAGCAAAUAUGAUCCAGCUGAUAUGCACAAGACAAUGGCCUUUGGAGCAGGGAAGAGAGUGUGUGCAGGUGCUCUGCAGGCAAUGUUGAUUGCUUGCACAGCUAUUGGUAGAUUUGUGCAGGAGUUUGAGUGGAGACUCAAAGAGAUGGAGGAAGGGGAUGUUGACACAUUUGGGCUCACAUCUAUCAAACUUAAUCCAUUGCAUGUAAUGAUAACACCAAGAGGAAAAUAAAUGCUGCAAGGGAACUGGUUAGGUUUCUUUUAAUAAAUAAGAUGUGAUAUAACUUGAGGUUGAAUAUCUGUUUAUUUUUGUUUUUAUUUUUAUUUUUAUUUUAGAAAAGCUCUUGUGAUUAAAGACAAUUCUCAUAUGGUAAAAAGCAUGAUAUUACAUGCCCUUAUCCUUUAGGGUUA